CGCGGAGCCCUCAGCCCGGCGCACCGACGGUGGGCCCUGCCCCCUCUCUCCCAGCAGCAAGGAGGGAGCCGCCUUCCCGGUGUCCAGCAACCCUUCUGCCCCUGCAGCUUGCCCGGGCCAGUGAGGAAAAAGCUUGAGGAGCCGCGGACGCUCCACCGGUGCCGGUGCCGCCAUGGCUGCCAUGAUGGAUCGGAAGUGAGCCUCAGGGCGAGGGCUGCCGGCGCCGGUGCUUGGAGUCUGGGUGCUCCCGCCGCGUUCGCCGGGGGACGCUCAACGCGGCGAACCGCUCACCCCCUGGUCCUGCGCGACUCCAGACCCUCGCCUCGCACCCGCUUCCGCUAAGACUAAGCGGCGGGGAGUGGCUCCCGGCCUCCGACCCCGGCAGCGAGGAAGAUGGCGGACCCUGCUGAGUGCAACAUCAAAGUGAUGUGUCGCUUCAGACCUCUCAAUGAGUCUGAGGUGAACCGCGGCGACAAGUACGUCGCCAAGUUUCAGGGAGAAGACACGGUCAUGAUCGCGUCCAAGCCUUAUGCAUUUGAUCGGGUGUUCCAGUCAAAUACAUCUCAAGAGCAGGUAUAUAAUGACUGUGCAAAGAAGAUUGUUAAAGAUGUACUUGAGGGAUACAAUGGGACAAUAUUUGCAUAUGGGCAAACAUCCUCUGGGAAGACGCACACAAUGGAGGGUAAACUUCAUGAUCCAGAAGGCAUGGGAAUUAUUCCAAGAAUAGUGCAAGAUAUUUUUAAUUAUAUUUACUCCAUGGAUGAAAAUUUGGAAUUUCAUAUUAAGGUUUCAUAUUUUGAAAUUUAUUUGGAUAAGAUAAGGGAUCUAUUAGAUGUUUCAAAAACCAACCUUUCAGUUCAUGAAGAUAAAAACCGAGUUCCCUAUGUGAAGGGGUGUACAGAGCGUUUUGUUUGUAGUCCAGAUGAAGUUAUGGAUACCAUAGAUGAAGGAAAAUCCAACAGACAUGUAGCAGUUACAAAUAUGAAUGAACACAGUUCUAGGAGUCACAGUAUAUUUCUUAUUAAUGUAAAACAAGAGAACACACAAACGGAACAGAAGCUGAGUGGAAAGCUUUACCUGGUUGACUUAGCUGGUAGUGAAAAGGUUAGUAAAACUGGAGCUGAAGGCGCUGUGCUAGAUGAAGCUAAGAACAUCAACAAAUCACUCUCUGCCCUUGGGAAUGUCAUUUCUGCCUUGGCUGAGGGUAGUACAUAUGUUCCAUAUCGAGAUAGUAAGAUGACAAGAAUCCUUCAAGACUCAUUAGGUGGCAACUGUAGAACCACUAUUGUAAUUUGCUGCUCUCCAUCAUCAUACAAUGAAUCUGAAACAAAGUCUACACUGCUCUUUGGCCAAAGGGCCAAAACAAUUAAGAACACAGUUUGUGUCAAUGUUGAAUUAACUGCAGAACAGUGGAAAAAGAAGUAUGAAAAAGAAAAAGAAAAAAAUAAGACCCUGCGGAACACUAUACAAUGGCUUGAAAAUGAACUUAACCGAUGGCGUAAUGGGGAGACAGUGCCUAUUGAUGAACAGUUUGACAAAGAGAAAGCCAACUUGGAAGCUUUUGCAGUGGAUAAAGAUAUUACUGUUACCAAUGAUAAACCAGCAGCUACAAUUGGAGUUACUGGAAACUUUACUGAUGCUGAAAGAAGAAAGUGUGAAGAAGAAAUUGCUAAAUUGUACAAACAACUUGAUGACAAAGAUGAAGAAAUUAAUCAACAGAGCCAGCUGGUAGAGAAAUUGAAGACACAAAUGUUGGAUCAGGAAGAGCUUCUGGCAUCUACCAGAAGGGAUCAAGAUAAUAUGCAAGCUGAGCUGAAUCGCCUUCAAGCAGAAAAUGAUGCUUCUAAAGAAGAAGUAAAAGAAGUUUUACAAGCCUUAGAGGAACUCGCUGUCAAUUACGAUCAGAAGUCUCAGGAAGUUGAAGACAAAACUAAGGAAUAUGAAUUGCUUAGUGAUGAACUGAAUCAGAAAUCGGCAACUUUAGCAAGUAUAGAUGCUGAGCUUCAGAAGCUUAAGGAAAUGACCAACCACCAGAAGAAACGAGCAGCUGAGAUGAUGACAUCUUUAUUAAAAGACCUUGCAGAAAUAGGAAUUGCUGUAGGAAAUAAUGAUGUGAAGCAGCCUGAAGGAACUGGCAUGAUAGAUGAAGAGUUCACUGUUGCAAGGCUGUACAUUAGCAAAAUGAAAUCAGAAGUGAAAACACUGGUAAAACGCUGCAAACAGUUAGAAGGUACACAGACUGAGAGCAACAAAAAAAUGGAAGAAAAUGAAAAGGAAUUAGCGGCAUGCCAGCUUCGUAUCUCUCAACAUGAAGCCAAAAUCAAAUCAUUGACUGAAUACCUUCAAAAUGUGGAACAAAAGAAAAGGCAGCUGGAAGAAUCUGUUGACUCCCUUGGUGAGGAAUUAGUCCAACUUCGAGCACAAGAGAAAGUUCAUGAAAUGGAAAAAGAGCACUUAAAUAAGGUUCAGACUGCAAAUGAAGUGAAGCAAGCUGUUGAACAACAGAUUCAAAGUCACCGAGAAACUCAUCAAAAACAGAUCAGCAGUUUGAGAGAUGAAGUUGAAGCAAAAGAAAAACUGAUUACAGAUCUUCAAGACCAAAACCAGAAAAUGAUGUUAGAGCAGGAACGUCUGAGAGUAGAACAUGAGAAGUUGAAAGGUGUAGAUCAAGAAAAGAGCAGGAAACUACAUGAACUUACAGUUAUGCAAGAUAGACGAGAACAAGCAAGACAAGACUUAAAGGGUUUGGAGGAGACAGUGGCUAAAGAACUUCAGACUUUACACAACUUGAGGAAACUGUUUGUUCAGGACCUUGCCACCAGAGUUAAAAAGAGUGCUGAAAUUGAUUCUGAUGACACUGGAGGCAGUGCUGCUCAAAAGCAGAAAAUCUCCUUUCUUGAAAAUAAUCUUGAACAGCUCACUAAAGUGCACAAACAGUUGGUACGUGAUAAUGCAGAUCUUCGCUGUGAGCUUCCUAAGUUGGAAAAGCGACUAAGAGCUACAGCAGAGAGGGUGAAAGCUUUGGAGUCAGCACUGAAAGAAGCCAAAGAAAAUGCAUCCCGUGAUCGCAAACGUUACCAGCAAGAAGUUGAUCGUAUAAAGGAAGCAGUGAGGUCAAAGAAUAUGGCCAGAAGAGGACAUUCAGCACAAAUUGCUAAACCCAUUCGUCCAGGGCAGCAUCCAGCAGCUUCUCCAACUCAUCCAGGUGCAAUUCGAGGAGGAGGCGCAUUUGUUCAGAAUAGCCAGCCAGUGGCAGUACGAGGUGGAGGCGGCAAACAAGUGUAAGCUGUACACUUUACCCACAGGUGUUGAAAGUUAUUGAAGUGUGAAGAGGACAUAAUAUCAAAUAGAAUCAGUCAAUGUAUAACCUCUACCCGCUGGGAAUUGUAGAAUUAUAACUUUUUUAAUGUAUAAAUUAUACCUGGCCUGUACAGCUGUUUCCUACACACUCUUCUUGUAAACUCUGCUGCUUCCCAACACAACUAGAGUGCAAUUUUGGCAUCGUAGGAUGGGAAAAUGACAGUUUACAACUGUGGCCCUAUUUAUUUACACAGUUUACCUUUUGUGUCUUUUUGUCUUCACUGUGCCAAGUUCACUCUACCAUAUAUAAGAUUGUGCUUUUUUACUUGUUUUUUUGUGUGUGUGUUUAUUUUUUAAUAUCAGUUUAAGUUACCUAGCUGCUGCCGCUUCUUAUUUUUCUUUUCUUAUUGGAGUGUCUUCCUUAUUUUAGGGAAAAUGGAGCAUUUAGGUAAACAUCUCAGAUUUUACCACUUGCAACACUACAUGUUCACAAAAAUAUGUCAGUACUGUACUUUAAAAUUCCUUGAAAUGGACUCAGCGUUAAAAUUAUUUGUACAAUUGCUGGAGUUUGCUUCUGAAAACUGAGUACUGAAACAUUGAAACUGCCUAAUGAGGCAUUUGAGAAUGAGUAAGGCUGCUUAAUUGUUAUCUCAUAAAAUUGCCUGUUGCUGAACUAUCUUAAAUAGGAUUAUUUCACAAUAUCAAAAGCAAGUCUCAGUUGAGGAAAACGAAUUAUAUUUCUCUUCUUGAUUUUAUAAUCAACAUAGCUUAGUAAAAUGAAAAUAUCCUGCUUCAUUGUCGUGAGCCUGCUAGAUAAUAAAAGGAGUUGGACAGAUACUAAUUUCUCAUCUUAAUAUGAAUUAAUAUUAUAAGAUUAAAUGCAAUUUUAUAUUAUUAGUACUGUAUUGGUUAAUCUAAAUUUAUAAUGUAUGGAAGUUGAGAAAGUAUGAAAGAGUGGGACAAAUUUAUGAAUACGUACUUAAAUUUUGGUCUGGAAUCCCUGAAUUGUCUUUAACCUGCUAUACUACGUCAUAAACUAUAAUUUAUUUCUUGUUUUAAUUGUAAGUCUUUAAUAAUCCUUAAAUUAUCUUGUUGGUUAUAGUUCACAAUUUUGUGGUUAGUACUGAUAGAACCUAUUUUUGCCACUCUAUCCUCAUACAUGAUUAAAUUAAAUCAGCAUUUAUUUAAGGAAGCUCUGAAAGUAUUAUAGAAAGAGAUCUCAAUUUUUGCUUCAUCAGUUGAGGAAAAGGGUGGUGAUUGCAACUGUUAGCAGAAAUAUGCAGAGAAAGGGGAUUUAAGGUUACUUAGUCCAUGGAGAACUUGGAAGUUCUGUGUUAGGAUCUGACUGGCAGAAUUAACUUUUUGAAAAAGUUUUAUACACAGAUAUUUGUAUUAAAUUUGGAGUCAUAGAGGACUUAAAUCAUAAUUGGCUUAUUUUUCUAUUUCUAUUGUAAUUUCCACUUUUGUAAUAAUUUUCAUUUAAAAGAUAAACUUAUUUAUUUUUUUAACAGACAAAAAUCCUUACUGUUAUAGUCUGCAACCUUUAAAAUAAUUGUUUUGCUUUUAAGACAGAUCGAAACAAACACUCCAAAAAUUCAGAUGGAACCUUGGUGUUGCGGCAAGAUUGAAAUAGUAUAAUUAACUAAAAAAUGUUUUAAAAGUACUAGGCCCAUUUUAUGGAGAUCGUUUUCUAAAUGAUCAAGUAUUUGGCAGCAUUCAGAGACAUUUCUAUUUUGUUUUCAAAUGAAACUUGCUUUGGCAAUAUUCUUAAAUGAAGCAGAAAUUUUUUUCUCUUGCCUGAAUAUGGUUGUUUCAUUCUUGUAAGAUGUAUCACACACAGGUAUUGGUGCUGUGUAGCAAACAAUGAAUUUUAACUAGCAUGUGGUUCAGAAUACACAAUGUUAGAUUUUUUUUAACUAUUCCAACAUUUCUUUUCUAUUUAUAAUUUCAAAUUUCCACAAACUGUACGAAGUUUCAUAAAUUUGUUUUCAGUAAACUGCUUUUUUUGCUAUGGUAGGUCAUUAAACACAGCACUUACAAAUGCAAAUUUCCGAUUAUCUAGAACAUUGACACUUAUUUCAAUUUGCAGUGUCUUUUGACUGAAUGAAUAUAUUAAUGUUCCUCUGAAUGGUAUCGAUAAAUGGUUCAAAAGAGAGACUCAAUGAAAUAAGAAAGUAGUAUUUAUUCGUGGUGAUCAAUUAAAUUAUUUGCUAACUUAAAACCACUGUGUGUAAUUCUCAGUUUGACUUUAGGUGAUAGAAAUGAGUUCACCAGUAGAAUAUGGUAUAUUUCCAGAACUUAAAGUAUAGUAAAAGAUAAUUGGUUUGGGAAGACGCCAUAUAAUUUUAGGUUUUAAGUUAACCUGCAUGCUGUAAUUGUGUUUUAUGUUUAAAUAAAAGAGGAAAAUUUUUUUGAAAUGUAA